UUUAGGUUAGAUUUGAUUUGAAAUUUGAAAUAGAAAUCGGAAUAUCUGUGAGCGACGGCCGUUGCAGGCAGGUGCACCGUAACGAUGAGCUUAUCUCUGCUGCAAAGCUACUCCUCCGCUGACGAAGACGAAGAAGACCAGUUGUCAGAUGAUGACAUCUCCUCCUCCGAUGAGCCCAACCACGCCGUUCCCCGCACCGUCCGCUCUUAUAAACCCUUGUUCGAUUCCGAUCCGCCCUCCUCUUCCUCUCUUCCCUCCGCUCUCGACGCCUUCUCCGAAGUUGAAGGACCGCCGCAGUUCCUGAACAACAGUGUUAAAGAAGAGGCGGUGAAAGAGGAUGUGCAGCGCUGGAGGCACGGCGGUAAAAGGCAUCGUAAAGAAAAGAAAGGCUUGCCCUCUGGUGCUGUGUUGGAAUCUAAGGCGCAGUUGGUCGGUAUCCAUGAUAGAGUGAGAAGUGAUAUUGGGAGCAAAACCUCUGAAGCUCCAUCUGGUGAUUCUGUAGUCGGUACAAAAGGUGGGAAGCGCGUUGCAACUGCUGCCAACCCUAAUGCAGAAGAUGCUGCUGAGCUCUUGAGGAUGUGCUUGGCAUGCGGGGUUCCAAAAACCUAUUCUCACGCGAAGGGAAUGGUCUGCCCUAUGUGCGGUGAUCGACCUCCUCCUGCUGAAUCGGACGCUGCGAAGAAGAAGGGUUCAGGAAUUAAAGAUAAGGAAAAGAGCAAGAGAAUGAAGGGUCAGUCGUCGCAUGCUACUUGGAAAAGUGAAACGGAAAUGCAACUUAGACAGCAGUUUGAUUAGUAAACAAAUUGCUAUUUUGUACCUUUAGAUUUGAAUUUCAACAACUUGGGAUUAUGUGGUGUUCAACUUCCAUAGCUGUUGGCUUGGAGAAAUCUCAUGUGUGCUAUAAAAUAUUAUCUUCAUUUGUCGA